AAAAUCAAAUUGAAAAUCAUGUUUGGGUUCUUAGGGUUUAACGCUUCCAUGGGUAAGAGGCAAAAGCAAGAAAUGGUUUCUAGCUCCGGUAAGAGGCAAAAGCAAGAAAUGGUUUCUAGCUCCGGAAAGUCCCCGACAAAAAACUCAAAGGAGAUCCCAGUUGAUGUCUUGAUUGACAUUUUCUCAAGGUUACCACUGGAAGCCGUUGCGAGGAGCCGCUGCGUAUCAAAGCUGUGGUCCUCCGUGCUGCGUCAUCAAGAUUUCACCCAACUCUACCUGAAAGAUUCGUCCGUUAAGCCGCGGAUCUUAUUCACCUUCUUGGACAUGGGAAGGCGGUUCUUUUACUCCAUGCCGCAAGAUAUAGAUCCAGACCGCGACUACUCCAUUCCAGUAUCACCAUAUUACCAGAUGCACUUCCCUACUGGUUUGGGUUCUCCCUAUGGUGUAAGUCCCUCUAUACUUGGUUUUAUCUGUACCCAAUCCAGGAAGCCAAUGAUAUGCAACCCGAGUACGGGAGAGUUCAUAUCUUUACCCAUAGCAACGGCCAAGAAGCAUCAGACGAGAACGUGUUUUGGGUAUGAUCCUAUUGGCAAGAUUUUCAAGGUAUUGUGCGUGUCGGAUGAUUAUGUCUGUCGAGUUGCAACAUUAGGAAAGGAAAAAGUGAGUUGGAGAAGAGUCGAAUGUUCAAACCCCCAUCAACCUUUAGCAACGACUGAGAUAUGCAUUGGUGGCAUAAUCUACUAUUUAACUAAGUGCAUGGAAAAUGUAAGUCCUACAGGCUAUACGAUAGUAUGCUUUAAUGUUAGAUCGGAGAGUUACACAUUUCUUGGUGUUGACGGGUUCCGAAUUUACCGUUCAGCUCUCAUAAACUACCAUGGUAAGCUGGGCAUAUUGUUUCAAUAUCGGGAUGUGAAAAAUAAUAAUUUUGGUUUUGAGCUGUGGGUUCUAGAGGAUGCGGAUGAAGCCAAAUGGUCGAAGACUGUCCACAUAUUGCCAUAUCAUUGGCAGCAUCUAGUUGCCGAAGGGAACCCAAACAUUGUCGGGAUGACUAUUGCUGGUGAAAUUGUGUUGUCGGAUACCUUUCUAUUGAAGCCUUUCUACAUGUACUACUUCGAUACAGUGAAGAGUGAUGUGUUACGAAUGGAAAUCGACUUCGGAACUGUAGCUAUGAAGAAGAAGAAGCCUUACUACUCGCGAAUGAUUUUUCCAUUGAUAAACCAUGUUGAGAAUGUAGAGCUUAUGGAUUAGCUUGGCUUCUAAGCAUUUUUCAUCCUUCUGUUUCUUAACAAUUGUGGUGUUCUUAUUGUUUGAAUGUUCUUCUAUAUGUAUGGAUUAAGACUUCAUAAUAUAUAUAGCUUGCCUUCUGUUUUAAGUUUA